AUGUCGCCAACCACUUCAUCGGACCCACGAACGGCCAUAGUUUCUCCUGGGGAAAUUACUACUCGACUUGACAAGCAUCAGCAUCACAGGAGGUUCAUUGGACCGCUACCAAAGCAGACAGCAUUUCCAGGAAAACAUUUCAAAGAUCUUGGUGUACUAUCCAGCUCAGAUUCAGACUAUGGACCUGGGAAACUUAUACGCCAACUUGCGUAUGAGUUUUUCCUCGUGAGUGGAGGUGUUCCUGAAGCGUGGAACGAAGAGGAAGAGAGACGUAUUCAGGACAAGAUGUACAAACGGUGGGCAGAGAGUGAUUGGGGAGAGGUCUAUCUUAAACGCGCUGGCUUUCGGAGAGACAAGUCCUGGGUCGGUACUUCAUUCGAUAUCGGCUAUUUCCUCGGAAUCAGCAUUUCAGACACUAAACACUCGUGCGGAAGGUCCGUAGCAACGCCAUUCUUGCAACACGCCGCAGCUUCUGGUGUGAGCACCUUCGUAACCGCACCUUCGCACCUUAGCCCUAUUCCAGACAGUCCAGCCACCUUUUCCGAUGAACGGCCUGUUGAUGGCGAACAAUCCUCUGGACGCGCCGGCUAUGAUACCCAAAGUAUUAGCUCAUCCACUGCUCUCAUAAAUGCUUCCAAGCUGCGUGUUGGUCCGGCUCAGCUGCGAUCAGGGGGACCAUCUCGUCCCAGUGUGGGUUUAACUCCUGCAGCUACGCGCUCUAUUCUUGGGGUUUCAACGAGCGAAUCGGCCCCGAAUGGCGCUGCGAUCAAGGGGAAGGGGAAGAUGGUCCAUUAUUCUCAAGAGAGCGUCGACGACUACCCUGUCUCUCCGGGUGAGGUACUCAAUCGCACGGGCGAGGCGGUGGAGCACACCAGUGCGGGCGCCGCCCAGCAAGCAGAUAUCGAAGGUGAAGUGGGCUUGGGAAAUUUUGAUAUGAGAGAUAGAAUGUUUGUCAAGUUUGCGUAUACAGAGGCUGAUUCGCUGCCUGCCCACUUCGACGAGGGACGAAAUCGGACUGCAAGUCAUUUAUACAGCGGAAGAUGGGCUGAGUACGUCGUUAUAUGGCGCAAGGACAGGCUGGAGCUUUAUAGAGCCCAUUCUUUUCCCGGCAAGGAUUGGUAUACUGGUCAUAUGAAGCUGGCACAUGUCAUUCCUCUCGGAGACUCGUCUCCCACUCGACUUUCGCUGUAUUCUUUUAUAGACAUGACUUUCUGUCUCAUUUGCCCGCCUGCGACUCUACGAAAACAUUCGAAGCGGCGGUGGCUGUACAGACGGACUAGGGGGUUGAAUGUCUUCAUUUUUAAGAUUAGAAGCCAUACUAGGGCUGUCGACUGGGUAUGGAAGCUAUGGCGUCAUCUUGGCGGACGAUUACCUUCAUCUCUAGAAAUCCACGCCCCCGCGUUGGGUACUCGCAUUAGAGUAAACGUACCGGGUGCAGACUACUCAAAAUUUUCGACAGCACUAGCUGUAUUCGAUCGGCAGAAUCUCCUUCGCCUCUGCCUCGAGCGACUGAGGAAGGUCAAAGAGUAUGAUUUCUUGAUCGGGCAGAAAUUGGCAUCUGGAGCCAAAUUAGCUCUGGCAUGGCGUUUAGAUACCAAGCUAGAUUGGGUGCGGCACGUCGACGACAUACAGGGUAGUCCGCGAAAAUGGGCUGUGCUUUGUGGGUUGGCUCUCAAUCAGGGUAGUAAGUCAGCUCACCUAGAGGUCCGUCUUAGGGAACACCUUCCUACACGGCUUCAUACGAAGGAUGGUAUGCCUCUUGACGAACCUCCUGCAGUCGAGGGAUAUCUAGAGCGAAUACGAUCCAAUCCCAUAAUGAAGCAACCUGUCUAUCUUGCAACUCACGAUGGAUAUCUCUUCACUGUCCCCAUUGCUCAUGCACAUCAACCGAUACCACCAGGAGUUAUACCCCCAGAUUAUGACCCAAGUCACUUUCGCCAGGAUGAAGUGCGACGAGGCACACAGCAAAUUCUGCACGCAACGGGCAUGACUGAUUUACGAAGCGUUCUUGCUGUGCGAAGAGCAUUCCAAUUGGUCCCUCGAAAUGUGGAAGAUAUAUCGUCUUUGGACGUUGCAGAUGGGGCCGACGAUCAGCCUCACUUGGACACCUUAGAUGGAGCAGAGAGCGACGACAACGAUCUCGGAGGAGAGACCGGCUUGAACGCCGCUUUUGACAAGUCUCGAUUGCAUAUGAAGCGUUCUUUUGAACUUUUGUUGGUCACAGGAAAGGUAGUCAGAUAUGAGGCACAUUCUUGCGAAAUAGCCUUGGAAUGGGUGUCAAGACUACGCACGUUAAUCAUAUAUUGGAGAAGACGGCACCACGUUGAUACACAAAAAGAAAUGCGCUUGGCACAUGCAAGCACAGGCAAGGCGCGAAUAACACCUCGCAGGCUCGUUGAACAGCACGACGCUCCACCAGAACCUCUGCCCGAUCCCGAGGCAUUCCUGCCUGAACUUUCCUCGUUCUUCAAUUGGCUUGCGGGGGUUGUACAACUCGUUCUAGUCUCAGGUUCCCUUAUUCAAUAUCGCAUCACAACCAAGAAUUCCUUGCAUCAUCAUCGGGGUAGGACGAUCAGCCUCCUUGACGCGUGCAUUUGGUCGGGAUUCUUGGCGGCUCAGUACCUACCUGAAGACCAACACAACCCCGACGCACCACAAGUUGCACGUCGGUACCAGGAUGGUCUAGAAACCACCGACGGGUUGGAGGACACACUUUUCAUGCUCUGGUACCGAUCAUCAUCGAAGGCCAGGGGAGGAGUAGCCACCGCUCAAAAUAGGGACGAUAUACCCCAGCUGUCUAUGAAGAGAAAGGUGAUUGUAUUUAGGACAAGGAGCAAAUUGGAGCGUGACGCCUGGGUUUGGGCGAUUAAUGCAGAGAUCGAGAAAAUUGUGAGGGCCACCGCGGACCGGGAGGAUAGGAUAAGGAAUACUGGUCAUAUUGUGGAAACAUAA